UGAUUCAUCUGCUUCAACUUGCCAGGUUAGUGUGCCAAAUAGUUCCAGCUCGCCAACAGUUAACUACUUGAGUAUAUGGCUCCAUCACAAGUUUCCAAUAUAAAGAUGAAGAAUCUUCUUUUUGGGGUUAUUCUUGGGCUUCUUGCUGCUGUCCACUCAACACCUGUUAAUACUGUGACCCAUGAUGAUGUUUAUCGAGAGGCUGUGACGGAUGGGUUCCUCAUUGCUAACCCUUCUCUAAGUUCACUCACAACUGAAUCACCCAAAAGAAAUGCAACUGUUCAAGCAACCCAGCAGCCAUCCUCUGAGUCCAAAGAGAGUGACAUUCCUGAGGGCAAUGGAGACAGCAGUGACAUGACCUCCAUGUUCCUCCAGCAUGGAGGUGAACAAUAUGCAACCACAGCUUCAAGUGUUUUACAUGCUCAGAGCUCAAUCGCCACAGUGUUGCCAAGGGACACUGACGACUCCAGUUCAGAUUCAUCUACCAUCCAAAGUCCUCAGCCUGGUUUUAUGUCUUCAUCAGUGCCAAAUGAAGUCAAUCCCAAAGAAAGCGACAUAUGGGAGGGCAGUGGUUUGGGGGACACCAAUGACAAGACCACAACCACAGUGUCGCCAAGGCACAUGGAGGAAUCCAGUUCAGAUUCAUCUACCAUCCAAAGUCCUCAGCCUGGUUUUAUGUCUUCAUCAGUGCCAAAUGAAGUCCAGUCCAAAGAGAGCGACAUAUGGGAGAGCAGUGGUUUGGGGGAAACCGAUGACAAGACCACAACCACAGUAUCACCAAGGCACAUGGAGGAAUCCAGUUCAGAUUCAUUGACCAUCCAAAGUCCUCAGCCUGGUUUUAUGUCUUCAUCAGUGCCAAAUGAAGUCAAUCCCAAAGAAAGUGACAUAUGGGAGGGCAGUGGUUUGGGGGACACCAAUGACAAGACCACAACCACAGUGUCGCCAAGGCACAUGGAGGAAUCCAGUUCAGAUUCAUCUACCAUCCAAAGUCCUCAGCCUGGUUUUAUGUCUUCAUCAGUGCCAAAUGAAGUCCAGCCCAAAGAGAGCGACAUAUGGGAGAGCAGUGGUUCUGGGGAAACCAGUAACAAGACCACAACCACAGUGUCGCCAAGGCACAUGGAGGAAUCCAGUUCAGAUUCAUCGACCAUCCAAAGUCCUCAGCCUGGUUUUAUGUCUUCAUCAGUGCCAAAUGAAGUCCAGCCCAAAGAGAGCGACAUAUGGGAGAGCAGUGGUUCUGGGGAAACCAGUGACAAGACCACAACCACAGUGUCGCCAAGGCACAUGGAGAAAUCCAGUUCAGAUUCAUCAACAGACAUGAAACGCAGCCGCAGCUCUCGUCUUGAUCUUUUACAACCCAAUAUUGACGUAGAUAAAUUGAAUGUCGUUCCUACAUCAGCCAUGCAUAAAGGACACACUACACCAGGUUGGAUCAUCAUUGUUGGUUUUAUUGUUGGUGUUGCGGCACUUGUAAUGCUCUUCGUUGCCAUCGCUACCCGAGACAAGUGGAAUGCACCAAGCCAAGCACCCCAGCUAGAGACCAAAACUAACUCCGCAAACCAGCAGAGGGAGCUAGAGAUGGAGACAUUCCUGCAUAAAGAAAAGCCCAGGGAGAAUGGAAAGGCAGCAGAGUACACAGUCAUCCCCGUGGAUGAGCUUUCAGAGAAAUAUCCAUCACACUGAGGUUCAGAAACAGACUCUCUGGAGUCUUGAUAUUCAUUGUGGAACCACAAGACUGUGUUUGAAGCAGAUGAAUUUGAUCAGAGGAACAAAACUGCCGGGGCUGUUGAUCUAAAAGUUUCUGCGGACCUCUACAGCUCUGGGCCCAGUUUGAAAAUGAAUAAUGGUCUGGUUUUUCCAUCUGAAUUUCAAAAACUCUUAUCAUAACUUUACUUACAGCAAUAUUUUGGUUGAUGUAUUUAUUUCCAUAUCAGCUAUUUUAUUAACUGUAAAAUUCAAAAGUUGCUGGGUAAAAAACACAAAUGCUGUUUAUUUCAUACACAGCUGAAAACAGUGUUUCAUUUUCUGUUUUCCUGUCAUUGUAAAUAAUAUUUGUAAUAAUACUCACAGUUCUGUUAGUGGACAGUCUGGUGAAAAGGUUCUAUUUUAAGUGUCUUUGUUGUAAUAUUAUUUCAAAUCUCUAUAUAAUAAUAUUAUUGAAAACUUUGUUGUGGAUUGUAACUUAUAUUAAGAUGCUCUGUUUUCAUCAUUGUGAAAGCUCUGUACUGAAUAGUGCUCACCCCACUACCUACACAGCACUUCGACAUGCUGUUUCAACAUGCACUUACUGAAUGUUCAUAAUGCUGUAUCAUUCCCACCCUCCUCUGAGAAAUAAACACAACAGCAGCUCAUCAAUAAA